AAGAAGUGGAAAGAGAAAUACAAAUUGAUGAAGAAGAAGAACAAGAAGAGGAACCAACGACCCCAAUUGGGAUACAUAUAUCUCGACAGUCAUCAACAAGGUCACAUGAAGAACAAGGAGAACAACAACAACAAAGACAAGCUCGUGGUAAACGAGUCAAUUUCCAAACUAUCGAUGAAGAUGAACCAAUAAGACAACCUUUUCCGGCAAUGCCACCUCCUAGUGGUAGAGCUGUUUCACAUGUGUGGUCGUAUUUCACAAAAGAACCAACCGAGAAUCCAGAUAUUUUCUUAUGCACUUGUCAAAUUUGUGAAAGUCAAGGAGUAAAGUCCUUAGUUUCAUACAGUUUCGCCAGAGGUGGUGGUACGGGAUCUUUUAACAAAGAUUUGGCAAAGAAGCAUGGAAUCACAAAAGAAACUCAUGCAGCAAGCGGCAGCGGGACCAUAAGUGGAAGCCGACAGACACAAUGGGACAUUCCCAGCACAGGUAUGCCUUUUAGAUAUAAUCGUAAUGACAUGAUUGAUGAAUUUUCUAGGUAUGUAAUUUGUGAUGAAUUGCCUUUUAACCACGGUGAAAGUAGGGCAUACGAGCGUCUCAAUAGAAAAACUUUGCAACCACAAUAUAGAGCAAUCCCUAGGAGUACUCUUAAAAGACGCACAAUUAAAUUAUACGAAUCAAUGCGCUAUGAAUUAGUUGAAAUGUUUAAAUCGUUUAAUGGUAGGGUUAGCAUAACAACUGACAUUUGGUCUGCUCCCCCACAUUUAUAACCUUAUAUGUGUGUAACAGCACACUGGAUAGAUCGAAAUUGGAUUAUUCAAAAAAGAAUAAUUGCUUUUGAGACAAUGCCAGAAAGACAUACCGGUGAAAACAUAAUAUAUAGAUUAGUAGAGAUAUGUAGAGAAUGGAACUUAUUAGAUAAAAUAUUUUGUUGUUCAACUGAUAAUGCAACCGCGAACAUUAAAUGUAUAGAACUUUUGUUUAACGAACCUGCUUUUAGUUUAAUCCUUGGGGGUAGCUUAUUACAUAUACGUUGUUGUGCGCAUAUAGUUAACUUAUCUUGCCAAGCAGGCAUAAAACAAUUAAGUGAUUUAUUAGAACCAAUUAGGGAUAUAGUGAAGUGGCUUAGGAUCGGAAAGAUAAAAAGACGAUAUAAACAAUUAUGUGACCAAUACCAACUUAAAAAAGUGUAUUGGUCAUUAGAUACUCCUACACGUUGGGGCUCAACCAACGAUUUAUUAAGAAAGGCGAUUGCUUAUCGUCCAGUAAUAACACAACUAUAUAGUGAGUGUACAGAUAGUUACAUAGCUGAUUACACUUGGGAGUUAGAUAUAGGUGUACAUAACAUAUUAGAAGCGUAUGACCACGCGACUAAGAUUUUUUCUUAUGUUUACGAACCGAACGUUCACUUAGUAAUAAGUGAAUGUAUUACUAUUUUUUAUCAUCUCCUUAAAUAUACACAUGAUGAUACUAACCCAAAUUUGAGGCCGAUUCUUGCAGAUAUGAUGGAAAAAUGGAAGACAUAUUUUACCGAUUUUCCUUAUAUUUAUGGAAUCGCAACCAUUUUGGACCCACGUUUUAAAACUGAGGUCCUUACUAAAGUAAUAGAAUUUUAUUACCAAUCGUUAGAUCGCCCGUCUACUGAUGUACAUAAUUAUGUAGGAACAUGUAAAAAAUAUUUAGCAGAACUCUAUGAUUUUUACGCUAGUGUAUAUAACCCGAAACGCGAUAUGUCUAGGCGUGCUAGCGUUUCGGCACGUCCUUCUUACUAUAAUUCAGUAAUAGCUAACAUAAUGAGUCAAGAUGAUAGUUUUGUAGGAUCAUCUUCUUCUUCCUCGACCUCAUAUUUAGAACUAGAUAGUUAUCUUAAACACCACUUUGAAAUAGACCAAAGUAUCUAUAAUAUUUUGGAGUGGUGGAAAGAAAAAUCUGUAAAUUUUCCCAUUUUAUCGAGAAUUGCAAAGGAUAUCCUUGCAAUUCCCGCGUCAACAAUUGCGUCGGAGUCUGCUUUUAGUGCAGGUAGAAGAGUUUUGGACGAAAAGAGAUCUCGUCUUGCUCCACAUAGUAUUCAAAUAUGUGUUUGCAAGAAAGAUUGGGAUCAAGCGGAGAUUCGAACACAAGGAAUAAGGAAUGAUGAUGAUCAAGACGACGAUGAUGAUCCAUGGAUGAUGAUGGAUACAUCUGCAUCAUCGUCAGGAGGAGAGUCAGCGGAAGCAUCUAACCAACCACAUGAUGAUGACGAGGACGAAUAGGAUCAAUCCGACAAGCGACAACGAUAAAUCAACAUUCAACAACUAUAAAUAAAAGUAAAUAUUUCAAUAACGAUGACAACUUGACAUGCAAUGAAUUUCGCUAAUAAUCAAGUAAUCAUCAAAGUUUUUGGAAUAACUUUCGGCCCGGCGGGCCAACCAAGGUUCGUGGGCCGUCAUCGGGCUGUGGGAAGACUGAUGGGUUAGCUAUGUGGCUGAUAAAUGGUGUUACUACGGCGUUCUUUGCUUCCCUAGAGAAAUGUUCCUGUGUACGCGUGACCACCGUAGAAGAUGCUGAGGAUGUGAAUGAAUUACCGUUGAUCUUCAAUGAUGGAAAUACAAGAGAUGAUGAAGGCAAGGUUAGUAGUAACAUUAGAAGGAGGCAUGUACGAGGGAAGAAGUUUAAGGUUGAAGAUGAGUAAACCAUAAUUUCAUAGAUAAUUAAUUAAUCAAUAAUUAUAAUUAUGGGUUUAAAUUUCAUGUUGAUUAUUACUUUUAUUUUUAUAUGGUGUGUUAUAAAUUUCCAAAGUAAGAAUAAUUCCUGAUAAGUGAAAAGGAAUUGAUAAUCAAACGAAUUAAGGGUGAAUGAAAAAUGUUAAAUUUUUACUGAGUAAACUCAUGAUUUUUUUAAGUGAUAUUAAUUGUUAUAAUGGUAAUUUGGUAUUAUUUUUUUUUCAAUCUUGUAAAAAAAUUAUGGAACUUAAAAUGGGGUAAAUUAAGGUGAUGAGAAUAUAUUAUGUAAUGCUUGUUAAACAAAAUUUAUCAUCAUUUAAUUUUUCAUUAAAUAAUGAGAAUAUUUAAGGUUAAA